UUACUGAUUGUUUCUUUAUUUCUGUGCCCAUCUUCUACUGUCAGACCUUAAGAUUUAAACUCAUCCAUUCUCUCUCUCUCUCUCUCUCUCUCUCUCUCUCUCCUUCUUCUUCUUCUUCUUUAUCUCUCUAUCUCUCUUUAAACCUACGACAUCGUGCCCUUGAAGCGACGGAACUAUUAGUGCUUUCUCUCUCUCGGCUGUCUGCCUUCUUUCCUGUGAGGCCGGUUGUAUUCUUUUCUUUGUCUCAGAGGGAAAGUGGAAGCUCUUUCUACCUACUGCAAAAAGGUUAUUGUAGUUUAAAUCUGCAAAUACAUAAAGAAGGAGGAGGAGGAUGAUGGCUGCAGGAAAUGGACAACUGACUGUCCCUCCAGGGUUCCGAUUCCAUCCUACGGAUGAAGAGCUUCUCUACUAUUACCUCAGGAAGAAGGUCUCUUAUGAAGCCAUCGACCUUGAUGUUAUUAGGGAGGUGGAUCUCAACAAACUGGAGCCCUGGGACCUCAAAGAGAAAUGCAGAAUAGGAUCAGGGCCUCAGAAUGAGUGGUACUUCUUCAGCCACAAGGAUAAGAAAUACCCAACAGGAACUCGAACGAACCGGGCAACCACAGCUGGGUUUUGGAAGGCAACUGGGAGAGACAAAGCCAUCCAUCUCGCCAAUUCCAAGAGGAUUGGCAUGAGGAAAACCUUAGUCUUUUACACUGGCCGCGCACCUCAUGGCCAAAAGACCGACUGGAUCAUGCAUGAGUAUCGCCUCGAAGAUGACAACAUUAGUGCUGAUCAAGUUCAGCAGGAAGAUGGAUGGGUGGUUUGUAGGGUUUUCAAAAAGAAGAAUCACAACAGAGGCUAUCAACCAGAAUUUGCUCAUCAUCAAGAUCAAGAACACGAUCACUUCCCAAACAUGAAGGCAAGUGGUUCUCAUGCUCCAGUACUACUAGAUCACCAUGAGCCAAAACAAAAUCAUCAUCAUCUGGAAGCACUGUAUGAUUACACUAGUAGUUUUGAUCAUGCUGGGUCCAUGCACCUCCCGCAGUUGUUCAGUCCAGAGUCAGCUGUUGCUUCAUCCUUCGUGUCACCUAAUACUAUCAAUUUGAACACCAUGGACAUUGAGUGUUCUCAAAACCUUUUGCGGCUAACAUCUACUGCAGCAGCAGCAGCAGCAGCUGGUUGUGGCCAACUCAUGCAACAGCAGGAGAGAUCCUUGAUCAACGGUGGUGAUUGGUCAUUCUUGGACAAGCUCCUUACAUCUCACCAGAGCCUCGAUCAUCACCACUCAUCACAUACCAAAUGCAACAACCCUUCUUCAUCAGCUCAGCAGCAGCUUAAUAAUUCUCAUGAACAUGUCGGUACUUCAUCAACAACACAGCAGAGAUUCCCAUUUCAAUACCUUGGCUGUGGAACUGACCUUUUAAAGUUUUCCAAGUAGCUAGCUCUAGGGUUCUGCAAGCCUGCAAAGUCUCUUUGGUGGAUCGAUAUUCACUUCAUCGAUCCAUCCUAAUUAAGCUGUGCACGCUCCUCCACUCUUAAUUUAUUUGGGUAGUUUUUCUUAGAUAUAUAUUUGGUUCAAAUUCUAGCCUUUUCUAUGUAAUUUAUAAGUUUUAUUUCUUUUGAGUAUCAAAAUGUAUAUAUAAAUAAGUUUUAUUUCUUUUGGUGUUUUGCUUAGAUAUUUGAUGUAUUCUCACACUAUAGCUUAAAUUAUUUUCCAUUUGAUAAAG